AUGUGUCACACCAGCUGUUCUUCAGGCUGCCAGCCAUCCUGCUAUGUGUCCAACCCUUGCCAGGCAUCCUGCUGUGUGUCCAGCCCCUGCCAGCCAUCCUGCUGUGUGGCUUGCUGUGUGCCUAUUAGCUGCAGGCCCACUGUGUGCGCGGCUCCCUCCUGCCAGUCUUCUGUGUGUAUGCCAGUGAGCUGCCGGCCAGUCUGUGUGACCUCCUGCCAGUCAUCUGGAUGCUGUCAACCGUCCUGCCCAACUGUGGUCUGCAGACCUGUGACCUGCAACCCCUCCUGCUGUUGA